CAUACUUUGAAGAAUAUGAUUGGUUUAAAAGAAUCCUUUCUCAGAUUUCAGAUCAACGACAUACAAGUUGACGUGCGGUUUGAAUAUGCCCUACUUGAAGCUCACUUUAGAUUCUGCUGCAUCGACCUCAAAGAUCCAAUAACCAUGACGACGUCUAUCUCCCGCCCCGCGGAGCUGAUCGCUCCGCAUAUCUUCGAGAAGCUUCUGGAGCAUCAGAGCUCUGUGGCUGUGGUAUCAACGGGUGACGAGUCUCUGGAGUGGACGUAUGCAGCAUUGCUGCGUCGGGCUUUCGAGCUGCGUGACGCUCUACAAGAGAAGCUUUCGAAAGACGAAGAACAGCCUCGAGUCGCACUGCUUGGAGCCCGUGGAGCGUCGUAUCUGGUUAUCCAGUGGGGUAUUUGGCUUGCGGGGGGCAUUGCGGUGCCCCUACAUCCAGCGCAUCCGGCAGAUGAGAUGGACUACAUUGUCUCGGACUCGGGGGCGACCCUACUGGUUGUUAACGAAUCAUUCAUGACGCCUGACUCGAAGCUGAAGGAGUAUGUGACUGGACUACCAGCGAGACUGAACGUCGAGGUGCUUGUAAGACCUGAUGAUGUCAAGGGAGGCGACGACAAGGAACUCUCGAGUGAGCAGAUCAAACAAGUGCAGAACUGGCUGAACUCGACGGACUACAGUAAGGCUGGGGCGUAUAUGAUCUACACGAGCGGCACGACUGGACGUCCUAAGGGUGUGGUGACCACUCAUGCGGCGCUGACGGCGCAGAUUAGUGACUUGGUGACGGCUUGGGAAAUGACCAGCAACGAUCACUUGAUCCACUUCCUGCCUCUCCAUCACGUGCACGGCAUCCUCAACAACAUGCUGUGUGUGAUGUACGCUGGCGGCUCAGUGGAGUUCUUGCCGUUCGCAAAGCCAUCUCUGAUCUGGUCGAAACUGGGUGAAGCUGCGAGCACAACACGUCCGGUGUCCAUGUUGAUGGCUGUACCGACAGUGUACAUGAAGCUGCUGGAAGACUUGGAGAAGCAGCCGCAAGAUGAUCCGAAGGUUCAGAACGCGCUGAAGGGCGCACGCGGUCUGCGUGUGGCUAUCAGUGGGUCAAUGGCAUGUCCUGUGUCUAUCUUGAACCGCUGGGAGAGCCUGACGGGACUGCGUCUGCUUGAACGCUAUGGCAUGACUGAGUUGGGAAUGGUGCUGACGAAUCCGCUGCACGGUGAUCGGCACUUGGGAUACGUUGGGAACCCAUUCCCGAGUGUUUCCGUUCGCGUUGUGGACCCCGAUACGGAAACUGAAAUCCCACUUAGCGAGGAAAAAGAAGGCGAGCUGCGUGUCAAGGGACCGUCGGUCUUCCGGGAGUACUGGAGGAAGCCUGAAGCUACGGCCAAAGAGUUUGAUGCCGACGGGUGGUUCAAGACGGGCGAUAUUGUCCAGUACAGUAAUGAGCUCAAAAGCUUCCGCAUCCGUGGACGAGCGAGCGCUGAUAUCCUUAAAACGGCAGGGUACAAGGUAUCAGCUCUGGACGUCGAACGCGUAUUGCUGACGCAUACUCAGGUGCUCGAAUGCGCUGUCUUCGGACUUCCAGACGAAACUUGGGGGCAGAUUGUGGCUGCUGUCAUUCGCUCCAACGUUAAAGCCGAUAAGAUUGUUCCGGAAACCUUUUCGCCGCCUCUGGUGGAAUUCGCGAAGGAGCACCUUGCGAGCUACCGAGUGCCGCGGAAGUACUUCUUCGUUGAAGAGAUUCCUAAGAACGCGAUGGGCAAGGUGAACAAGAAAGCGCUGGGCAAAAUCUACUCGGAGGAAAAAGUUUAGUCACGGAUCGGUUCGUGGAGUUCCACGAAAAAUGUGAUUCGUUAACGAGCGCGCUUCGGUGAAAAGAUAAUUUCACGUUGACUGGCCGUUUGCUGCUUCGUCAACGCUGUGGUAGUGGGCGUGGAAGGAUCUUCGGAUGGUAGUUGAGCGAGACCAGCUAUCGGUGAGCUGCCAUUGUCAGUACUGAUCACAAUGUAGUAAGUAUGGUUUUCAGAAGCAGGUCGCUGGAUGAUACCGUAAAAGUUCACAAACCGAAGUUUCUCGUCGAUUUUGUAACACUGCACCAGCGUGUACAUGUAGAUUGCGACACUCUCCAUUUCCAUUUGCUUUGUUUCGCUCUUUUGGAUUGCCUUUUCCAUGGAGAUCGCUUUCGAUGGCGAGACUGCGUCCAGAAUUAUCUUGAUUCUAGCAACAAGGCAUAAUUCCAAGAUGUUAGAAGUGACGGAGCAGAGAGAAGCUUGUGUUAACUCCUCAUGCGUACUCGUCGUUAUUGGUCGUGGGUACCAGCUCCUCGAAAGCUCAGGGACGUGUUGUGAAGCUGUAGACGCCAUAAUGCGCUCUUUCGCAUCGACUGGAAUGAUUGCGUCGGUGAUUGAAGUGGGCGAAUCGCUCCCUCUCGAACUGUUAGGUGAAGGGGGCGAGUCCAGUCGAACUACAGACGUAGCGAAGAGCGUCAGUUGUGUUAUGACACAUUGCUAAUAACUUGGCGAUGUACGAACCAUUCUCCACUUUGCUGUCAGCAAGAUUCAUUGGAGAAUCGUUGACACGAGAUGAAGCUGGUUUACCAAAAUGAUAUUCUGGUCUGUCCCUCGAAUUCUCCUCUAAUGCCAACAGCAAGUUCUUUUGCCAGCCUAAUGGUGGGCGGCCCAGCACGAUGCUACCCUGUGAGGAUGUUGAUGUUGACGAUGAUGGCGAUGGCGAUGGCGACGACCGCGGACUCGGUGGGAAGCUCAUCUGAUUGUGUGUCUGAAAAAGAAAACAGACCAUAAACGGAUAAAUCUUCGAUAACCAUGUCUCCGAGAGCAACCUACCGUGCAGGAAAAUCUGGCAGAGGGCUGAGAUUGUAGAACUGAAGCGAACCAAGGGGAAAAAUGAGUCCAGGAACUGUUAUGCAACCAGGAACAGAGACCUUCCGC